AUGCUUUCGGAUGGACUAAGUUUGGUUCGGGACGGGCUGGGAGGUCUCGGUUUCUCGGCUGCGGCAAAGUCCCUCUCUCUCCCCUAUGCUGCGCGGGUUCUCGCCGGUGUCGCCUGGAAGUGGCUCUUCUUCAGCCAAAAAGUGGUGGUUCUCCGGUCGCGGCGCUCGUCGGAAAACAGGGCUCGUCCUGUCGCUGAAAAUCAGCUCGGCUCUCCUCGUCUGGAAUUGAUGAGCUCGGUUGCGCUCAAAUAUUCUCGUCGGAGAAAAUUCUUGGUCGCCUGGAACUGUUCGGGAAACCGGGUUUCCUCUCAGUGCUUGGGCGCUCGUCAAUCGCCACUGCUCGGCUCGCCGUCAAACUGGUGGCUCUCGCACCUGGUGGAUCGCCUCGCCGCUGGGCUCAAGGUCGCGGCUUGCUGCUCGAGAUCGGACGACGUGAUUGCCGUGAAAUUGGAGCUGCGGCUGACCUUUUGGAGAUGCUUAAUAGAGGGACCUUUAGGACUUGCUGGGGGAGAAACGUGGGUGAGUUGGCCGGAAAUCACGGAGGCCGUUGAGCUAGGGCUCGGCUGCGCGACGGGAAGGGAUGUGGGAGUUGAGAACGGCGAUACUUCUGCUUGA